GUAGAAAAAGGACUAAAGUCAGUUCCUUUGAAAUCAUAUAAAGGGUCACGAUUCAACAUAUUAUUCUCUAAUGCUAGUUCUGUGUUCUUUUUGCAUGAACAUAUGAAAAGUUUCUUUGAAUGUGUAGGCACUAACAAUAACCUCCAACGUAGUAUUCUCUUUGACCUCAAGGUCCCAGAAUUUAUCGCAGGAACAAAGGCUCUUAGUUAUAUCAGCAAGUUUAUAACAUGUCCUUUGUGGUCAGUUUUAGAAGACAAAACAGUAUCCAUCACUGAUAUGAACAGUAAGUACCUACAGGUUGUGACAUUCCUAGAGGAUGCAAUUGAAAAUAUUGAUCAGUUUAUGGCUGGUGAACUUUGUCUGUUUGGACAGGUACAUGUAGAAAGAGACUACAUAGUAGAACAUUUGUUACAGCCAAGGGAAUAUGACAAUAUUGUACAAAGUCACCUAGAAGUAACACUUCUUGCUAUUUGUGGAUUAGCACGGCGCUUGUAUAAAGACCACUUACCAGGGGGCAAAGUAGUAGGAGUGGAUCCUAAGAAAGUUAGAAGUGUACCCAAAACUUCAAGUUUUGCAGAAAGUGUAUUCGGCCAACUGGAUCAAAUCAUGAGAACAAAACCGAGCAUCAGUACACUUGCAGCAGAAUCAUGUAUUAUGUUCUUAAAUAACAAAACCUCUGAAUGGCUAAAAUCUAAGAAAGAGCACGAAAGGAAAGAGUUGAUUGAAAAUGCUUCAAAAAAUGUGAAAAAUGUAAAGGCUGCGUAUAAGAACAGACUGUGUGAAAUAAAGCAAAAUAGAAGACUUAAACAGCAGGAACUAAUGAUGAAGAAACAACACUUGGAGCGUGAAAGGGUUGAAAGACAAACAAAGUAUACAGAAAAUAUGAUCAGACAUGGCUUAUGGCAAUCAACAGAAGAAGUUGAAAAUAUGUUAGCGUCAUACCAAAGUGAAAUUGAAAAAGUGGAAGCAUUGAAAGCUCAGUUAAAGUUUAGAAAGGAGGUUUUGAACCAAGUGGCAGAGACAAAGUCACAAUUUAAUCUGACAAAAGGUAUGAAGGGUAGUAAGAAGAGAAAGAAGUUGACUGUAGAUGAGCUGAAGGAAAACCUUAUAAACAUUGUAAAGCAAGCAUUGGUGAAAGAUAGGGAGAAUGAUGAAGAGAUACACAUACUUGUUGGUAAGAGGGUGAGGCACAGGUUUGAGGAAGUGACUGAUGGAAAGAAAAUGUACAAAUGGUACAACGGUAGGAUUAUCUCACAGGUGCCAGGAUUCAGGGAAUGGUUCAAUAUCAUCUACGACAGUGACGAUUCUAUAUAUACAUAUCAUCGUUUGGAUAGUGACGUUGAAACAGCUGAUCUUCAAAUAAUUGUUUAA